UAUAGAUCAAUACACUUCUGGUUCAGGUAGCAAUACUAAUGGAAUCCAAUGGUGUAGACCAUGCUUCCAAAUUGCUUGAAUCUCAAAGCCAUGUAUGGAACCACAUUUUCAGCUUCAUAAAUUCCAUGUCCCUCAAAUGUGCAAUUGACUUGGGAAUUCCAGACGCCAUACACAACCAUGGCCAACCCAUGCCACUCUCAAAACUCAUUUCUUCUCUACAAAUCCAUCCCAACAAAACACAAUCCAUCCACCGCUUGAUGCGAAUUUUGACUCAUUCUGGCUUUUUCUCUAAACAAAUCUCUUCCAAAGGCGAUCCAGAAUCGAGUUAUUCCUUAACCGAUGCAUCUAAGUUGUUGCUCAAAGACAAUCCUAUGAGUCUUUUUCCUUUCUUGUCUGCCAUGCUUGAUCCCAUUUUAACAAAACCGUGGUACGAUUUACCGGCAUGGUUCAAAAACGAUAGUCCCACAUCGUUUUACAUGAGGCAUGGGAUGGCACUUUGGGAAUAUGCUGGUAUUGAGCCAAGACUCAAUAAGUUCUUCAAUGAUGCCAUGGAAACCGAUACUCCAUUUGUUUCAAGUAUUUUGUUUGACAAGUGUAAGGAUGUGUUUGAAGGGUUGGAUUCUUUGGUUGAUGUUGGUGGAGGCACAGGAACUAUGACUAAGGCUCUUGCUAAGGCGUUUCCACAAAUGGAGUGUGUUGUGUUUGAUCUUCCACAUGUUGUUCAUGGCUUGCAAGGAACUGGGAAUCUCAAAUAUGUUGGAGGAGAUAUGUUUGACUCAAUUCCUCCUUCAGAUGCCAUUUUCUUGAAGUUUAUAUUGCAUGACUGGAAUGAUGAGAAAUGUAUCAAAAUACUAAAGAACUGCAAAGAAGCAAUCACAAGAAGCAAAGGAAGAAAAGGAAAAGUUAUUGUCAUUGAUAUGGUAGUGGAUGAUGAAAAGAGUGAUGGAGAUAAUAAAUCAAUUGAAACCCAACUUUUCUUUGAUAUGUUGAUGAUGGUAGAAGUCAACGGAAAAGAGAGAAAUGAAAAAGAAUGGGCAAACUUAAUUUUCUCAGCUGGUUUUAGUAGCUACAAGAUAAACUUAUCAGCUUUGGGAUUAAGAUCUCUCAUUGAAAUCUUUCCAUAAAAAUGCAAGUAGCAAGAAGUGUUUCGUGAAAUAAUGGAGCAUCAUAUAUAAAGAUGCGUUUGAAUGUAUUGUUUGUUAAAUUUGUUUAUUUUUCUCUAUUCAUAAAAUAAAAAAUUCAUGUAUUUGCUGUGCUUUCUUAAAAGGAAAUAAGAAAA